GAGAGGGAGGAGAGAGAAGAAGGGAUAUAGCCUACGUAACUAGAACCUUAGUUGUAUCAGCGGAAGACGCGAACCUUGAUAGUGACUAACACAAUUUGUCGUUUGCAAGAACCCCGUCAGAACUGCGGAUGAAAAUAUGGAUUAACGAAUUAGGCAAUUCACCGAAUGUAACGCCGUCAACCUUAUAGCCAACGCAACUAAAGGCGGCCGGUUAAUGCUCUGUAGGUUAAACUGUGGCGUCACUCGCGAGAUCUGCUUUAAUGCCAUUGCAAUUGAAUCUGUAAACUCUAACAAUCAUAGAACACAGUCAAUGUGGUGUUAAUAUAGACUAGGCCUACUUACUGCCAGAGCAUCAUCUGAAGAAAAUUGGUAUGCAGUUUCAUGUUCACAGUGGAUCACUGGAUUGAGACGGUCGACCAACUGCCCUCUAGUCUACUGUGGGGGAGUUACAGAGCCUCUGUUGCCCCGGCACCGGUUGGUCUGAGACGCUUACCAUCAGAAAUGUUUUCACAAACACUUGGCUCCUGAUGACCAGAUUGAACUGACCAAGCCAUACAGCAACUGAGAGAAAGAGGAUACUCAGCACUAGCAACACAGAGAAACUGCCCUACAGAUCAGGAAUAAUGUCUUCCAGGGAGCGCCGUUCAGAUCUCUACAUUAAAGCGGAGCCCAGCAGCCCCGAGGGAGCCGGCGGGGGCCGUGCCAGUCCCGGUGGAGCCUCGUCCGACUCGUCCCAGAGCGGCGGCGGAGGGACCCGCGGAGACGGCACCGGUCGUUAUUCGCCGCCCCUCUACACACCUGCGCUGCGCUGCCACUUCAAAGAGGAGGCCGGGGACGGCGCCGAGGAAGGGUCCACGGGCAGCGGAGGUGGACGGUGCAAGUACGCCCUGAGCACCUUGCCCAAGAGGCUCUGCCUAGUGUGUGGAGAUGUGGCGUCGGGCUAUCACUACGGGGUGGCCUCGUGUGAAGCCUGCAAGGCCUUUUUCAAGAGAACAAUACAAGGUAACAUUGAGUACAGCUGUCCGGCAUCCAACGAGUGUGAGAUCACAAAGCGACGCAGGAAGGCCUGCCAGGCUUGCCGUUUCACCAAGUGCCUCAAAGUGGGCAUGCUCAAAGAGGGAGUGCGCCUUGACCGAGUGAGAGGAGGGCGGCAAAAGUACAAGCGACGUCCCGAAGUGGAGAACGCCACGUACCAGAGUGCUCCGAUACCACUGAGGAAAGAGGGAGAGAAAGGCUCCUCCAACAUCAUCGUGUCCCACCUGCUGGUGGCCGAGCCAGAGAAGCUCUUCGCCAUGCCGGACCCGCUGCAGGCGGACACGGCCCAGCGGACCCUCACCACGCUCUGCGACCUGGCAGACAGGGAGCUGGUGGUCAUCAUCGGCUGGGCCAAACACAUCCCUGGCUUCCUGUCCCUCUCGCUGGCCGACCAGAUGUCCGUGCUGCAGUCGGUGUGGCUGGAGGUGCUGGUGCUGGGCGUGGCCUACCGCUCGCUAGGCUGCGAGGACGAGGUGGUGUUCGCCGAGGACUUUGUCCUGGACGAGGAGAUGUCCCGCGUGGCGGGCCUGACCGAGCUCAACGCCGCCAUCAGCCAGCUGGCACGGCGUUUCCGCUCCCUACAGCUGGACCGUGAGGAGUUCGUCAUGCUCAAGGCCAUAGCCCUUACCAACUCAGACUCGGUGUACAUCGAGGACAUGGAGGCGGUGCAGAAGCUGCGCGACCUGCUGCACCAGGCCCUGUUGGAGCUGGAGAGCCAGCGGCGGCCCGAGGACCCCCAGCGCGCCGGCCGCCUGCUCCUCACGCUGCCCCUGCUGCGCCAGACUGCCGGCCGCGCCCUCACCACCUUCUACGGGAUCAAGACCCGCGGCGGCGUGCCCAUGCACAAACUCUUCCUGGAGAUGCUUGAGGCCAUGAUGGACUCGCCCUAGAGCAAAACGCUCCAAGCCCAGGACAGACCGAUGGACGGACGGACUGAUGGAUGGAGGAAGGAGAACUUGUGAGAGGUGGUCAUACCUUUGUGGAAGGCUGACCAGUUGAUCCCUUUUUUUUAACGUGGCUGGCUGGAUGGAUAGUGAUCAUGGCGCUAUGAAAGAACAUUUGACUUAUGGCAUAAAAGGUUUGUUAUGAAAGACCCCAUGAUGUGUGUUUAAGGCACACACUAUAGCUGUCAAACUCUUACCCUUGUGUAGUCCUGUGGAAGAAGAGGCAAACUGCAGCAAAUAUUACAGUAGAUGAGUGCUUAAAGCCAUACUCCAUACUCUUUCAACCUAAUCUCCAGCCGCCAGCUGUAUCUUUCGGACACCAUUGGGCCACUGAUUUUAUGUGUGGGGUAGGAGGAGGAACAUCCCAAUUAACUUUUGUGACAAUUGACAGAAUGCUGCAAUGGCUGGUAGAGAUUAGUUUGGUGUGUGUGAAAUGUCACUUUGAAUUCCUUCUCUUCACAUUUUAUUCAGAUUAGUCAGAUGUUCAUUUACAAUGUUCACUGGGCACUUUUUGUUAGAUAUUCUGACAUUGAAAUAAAAACGCAAUCCUGCAGUUAGGAAAGAAGCAAUAUAAAGUAAUGGUGCACCAUAUGUUUCCCUUUUUGAAAUUCUAAACAGGCUUUACUUAAUCGACCCUUGCCUCCCCUUGCAAAGGAUGGCAAUCUUUAUUCAAUAUGCUGUGAACCCAUCAGAGGUAGCUGUGUAUAAUCUUGUAGAAGUAAUUAUGUAUUCCUGUGUACAGAGAUACACACUAGCAGUAUUUAUAUUAGGCCCCAUUUCAGCUACAUUUCCACUUAAAAUGUUAAGAAUAUCCUCAAAGACUAGUGUAAAAAAUAUAUGUAACUUCCACUUAAUGCCUACAAAUUAGCUAUUAUUGUACAUUCAAGUCAUAUAAGCAUGAAUGUCGCAAAGUAAAAUGUCAUAUGAUUUUAUUUCUCAAACUAGUGUGAGUGUAUCUUUGUUUGAAGUCAUUACACAGCUUUUGACUGGAACAAAGAAGCAUAGGCUCAACUAAAAACAAACACACAUUCAACUAAUAGUGUAAAAACCUACAUGCGGCGUGCUUUCAGUAGCUUUUAUAAACACUUUUCCUCUCCCUAAAACAGUAACCUUUUGUAGUAUAGAUGUAUGCAAGAAGUGUAAAAGACAAAAGCACCUUGCUUGUGAUAUGCACAGUUGGGCAUAGACAGGAUCUUUGGAAACCAUUUUGUGUGUCUGGCAGGCAGGAAUCUAGGGACAGAAUACACACUCACACACAGCAUGGUUUACAUGUGGGUAUAUGUGUGAAACAGAAUAGUAUGGCAAAUGUUAAACCAGAUGCAAUACUUUUAAAAGCAAUAUAACUACAAAACAACUUGUAGAGAGUAAUAAUAGUCAUAACGUUGUGGAUAGUGCAGUUUCAGUUUAUUAAGCUGAGAGGAAAUAAAGGAGCAAGCUUGGUGAAGGGAAUUGUCACCUUUGUGUUCUGCAGUCCUCAGACGCAAACCAGAUAGACACUGACCUCACCCAUCGUCCUUGGCAGUGGGGGAGUGAGUAAUCAGUUUCCUCUUUUGGGAUGGAAGGAUGAUAACAAGCUCCUCUGUGCAACAUUCAGCAAUGUUAUGUGCACCGUCCAGAGAUGAGUGUCCUCUGAAAGGAAAAGAAAUGCAACGUGUAACAUGAGUUUUGGUAGACUGAAUCCGACAUGGAUUGCUUGCACACAGCAAAUGUUUGAGUCCAAAAAGGGAACACCAUGAUUGUCAACUCAGAUAUCUAUCUGUAUAUAUUAGCAUAAAAUAGUCACAAUAGUUUUAUUUAUACCGAGAGUUGUUAAAGUAGAGUAGGGGUUAGUGUGUGUUGUGUGUGUGAGUGUGUGAAAGAGAGAGAGAGAGAGAGAGAGAGAGAGAGAGAGAGAGAGAGAGCAAGUUAGUACACUGUAUAGUACACAGCGAUUCCACUGUGUUGUAUAACCGAUGAUGGUGCAUCAAGAUCAGGGAAAUUGCAAUCCCAGGCCCUGUAGGCGAGGUGGCAUCAGCCCCUGGAAUCUAUUGGAUCUUUUCAGAACUUUUCAGAGGAGCCUGUUUAUUCAAAGAGGAAAUCAGAAUGGAUAAUCAGCUUUGGACCUCCGAAAAAAUAUUAACGCGAUGAUGUUUUUUUUUUUGUUUUUUUUUUAUAUUUGGAUUACACACCAACUGAAAAUGAAUGAAAGUGACACACACUGAUUCAGCCAUCGGUUGUUGAAGCAGGCGUGCUGGACUUUGCCAUAGACAGAUAUUUGACCUCCUGAGGUACUCUAAAGCUGUGUGGAACUUUUUAGCCUGCUAGCCAUUUUGGCCCAGAGCAACAUUUAAUGCAACAUGGUGAGCCUCACAUUACGGGGUUGGUGGUGGGGGUGGGGGGGUGGGGGGGGGGUUGAAGGGGAACGGGGAUGGAUGGGGGACCCUGUGACCAUGUGUUAAGUCCAUUUGUUUUUACUGCUGUGGAUGAUUGUUGUCAGACUUCUGUCUGGUAUAUGCAAACAUAAUCAGUUCAGACUCCCACAACUAUGCUACCUUAUUGUCCUUUCUUUCAGACAUAAUUCGAUCACUCGAUCACACACCCAGUUGGUGUUCCAGUGAACACACUCAAAUUUUCAGUCACUACUACUCAUGCGGCAUCUGAGUCCCUUAUGUGAAAUUCAAAGUUACAUGUUCGUUUCAGGGUGCUUUCCUAGUUUCAUACUGUAAGUUGUCGUGAUUGUAUGUGUACACUGUCCGAUUGUUUGACUCAUGCAGUACACUGCAUUGGCAAUGGCUGCUGUUCCCUUCACCAGGGAGCAGAAGUGUUCCAGCUAGAGCAGGAGGUUUUGCCAUAUGAAAGAACAUACUACAUGCAACAAGUGUCCUCGAGUCGUAGUUUCGGAUGCUUGGGUACUUUAAUAACUAGUGUUUGUUUGUUUGUUUGUUUUUCUCCUCAUAGUUUCAUGUAAUGGGUCUUUAUGAACCAUGUCCAGUUAGGGAUACUAUAGUUUUGCUUGGCCUCAGGUUUGGUAUGACAAUAAAGCAAUCCAUUUGAGAGAAUGUUGUGAAUGUUAGUUUUGUAUUGAACUCAUUUAAAAAAUAAUAAAAAAAAAAACCUUAGGUUUGUUAAUGGGUACUAAUUGAAUUUUGGAAGAAAUACAAAACCAGGGAUCUUGACAUUUUUAACAUGAAUGAUUUGUUAUUAGUUUUUAGUAGUGUUUCUGGUAUUGCAGGCUUCAGACACAAACUGUAAGUAGUGUUGAACACUGCAAGACAGUUCCCUGUUGUUAGUCUGUUUCUUUUUAUUAUUUCCUUGUUCUUAUACUAACAGACAUUGCCAGCCUUACUAUUGAAGGGUGCACAGUGCAGUGUGAGACUGGGUUUGAGAUGGCAGACUUUUAUGUAUUUGUUAUAGACAAACUAUUUUUAUCUAUUUCUCUAUAAACCUUAGUUUUUGGCCCUGAAAACAAUAUAUGUUUCAUUUUUGUUAUUUUGCAUUGAUUUUUGUACGCUCAAGUAAGUGUUUUCUCAGUUAAAACUUGAGAGCAUAGAAUGUGUACAUAAUCAUGGAUAUCUGGGUCCAUACAGAGUUGUAAAAAUGUUGAUGUUUGUGUCAAUAAUAUCUCUAAUGUUAUGAUUAUACUACCAUGGUGUUCCAUAUGGAUAAUCAUUAUAUAUUGCCAUCUGUCUGUCGGAUAUUGAGGUGUUUUCAGAGAUCACAUAAUUUAGAGAUAAUUUAAGGUCAUCUAUAGAUGUUAGUAUGUUUGUGUAUAUUUAUGUAAAUGAGCAAUACAACUGAUUACCAAAACAUUGUUUCACAUGUCCCUGUAUAUUCACAUACUGUAAAUCAAACCUCAAACGUAAUAAGUGGUAAUAAUCAAUAGUAAUAACACAAGCUUAUUAUUAAGUUAACGAACAAAUCAAUAUUUGUAUUUUAAAAAUAUUGUAUUUAAAAAGAUUAAAUUCUAUUUUUUACUCAAUUUGCUGAUGUUUGUUAAUAUUUUUGUUUUUGUUUUGCGUGUGGGUUCCAGUCUAAUGGUUGUGAAUGUCUCUGUGUACUGUUUCUUUCAGUCAAGCUAAAUGGUUCAUCAGUAGUGACUUAUCUCAACUUGUUCAUAUUGAAUCACUGUGAGACAAGAAAAGUUCUAAAACACCAGAGGAAACUAGGGAUAUUUUAAACAAAAGAUUGUUGGUGUUUUGUGUUUUGUAAUAAAUUAACAGACGCCAUCACACAUCA